UGUAAACUUUACUUGCAUGUAAAGACAAUAAAAUUAAAUACUUUCCAUAUUUUGACAUAUGGGAGAAAAUUUUGCGGCAAGAAACAAUCAAAGUCGAACAAAUUCUCCAAGUACAAUGCCUGACGUAGCAGAUGGACAAAAUUCUGGACAACCACUCAGCGAUUUUUUGCUUCAACUUGAAGACUAUAUUCCUACGAUUCCAGAUUCUUUAACAACCAAUUAUUUAAGAAGUGCGGGAUGUGAAUCUACAGAUCCUAGAAUUAUCAGAUUGAUAUCUUUGGCUGCUCAAAAGUUUAUAUCAGAUGUAGCCAAUGACGCCCUUCAACAUUGUAAAACGCGCUCAAUUAAUACCCCUGCUAACGUAAGCAAUUCAAAGAAUCCGAAAUUAAACAAGGAUAAAAAGUACACUUUAACCAUGGAGGAUUUAGCACCGGCUCUACAAGAUUAUGGAAUUUCUGUGAAAAAACCACAUUAUUAUGUUUAAACUAGAAUAUAUUAUUUUG